CAUCGGUAGCAAGAUUGCACGGAGAGAACCAGCUCUCCUGCUGCUACUGUUCGUCACCCAUGCCCCAUAAAUAGCUCCAAGUCUCCCUCCUUCCAAGCGCACAGCUUACAAGUGCUACUACUUGUCCUCUGGUUCGCAACUGCAUCGAUGGCGAAGGAUACCGAGGUGGCAGGACGCGGCGAGUACGGAGGCAAGGACUACACCGACCCACCGCCGGCGCCGCUCAUCGACGCGGAGGAGCUGACCAAGUGGUCGUUGUACCGCGCGGCGAUCGCGGAGUUCGUCGCGACGAUGCUGUUCCUGUACGUCACGGUGGCGACGGUGAUCGGGUACAAGCACCAGUCGGACCCCAACGUGAACCCGGUCGACGCCGCGUGUAGCGGCGUCGGGAUCCUCGGCAUCGCGUGGGCUUUCGGCGGCAUGAUCUUUAUUCUCGUCUACUGCACCGCCGGCAUCUCCGGUGGGCACAUCAACCCGGCGGUGACGCUGGGGCUGUGCUUGGCGCGCAAGGUCUCGCUGGUCCGCGCCCUCCUCUACAUGGUGGCGCAGUGCCUGGGAGCCAUAUGCGGAGUCGGCCUCGUCAAGGGAUUCCAGGAGGCCUACUUCGUCCGCUACGGUGGCGGCGCCAACGAGCUCAGCGCCGGCUACUCCAAGGGCACCGGCCUCGCCGCCGAGAUCAUCGGUACCUUCGUCCUCGUCUACACCGUCUUCGCCGCCACCGAUCCGAAGCGCAACGCCCGUGAUUCCCACGUGCCGGUCUGUAACUCUCAUCACAUACUUACAUGUGUACGUCUGUCUCUCUCUCUCUCUCUCUAUAUAUAUAUGUGUAUCUGGCGUUCUUCGCUACAGGUUUUGGCUCCUCUUCCAAUUGGGUUCGCAGUUUUCAUGGUGCACUUGGCCACGAUCCCGAUCACCGGCACCGGCAUCAACCCUGCGAGGAGCUUGGGAGCUGCCGUCAUCUACAACCAGGACAAGGCCUGGGAUGACCAGUGGAUCUUCUGGGUGGGGCCUUUCGUCGGUGCUGCCAUUGCUGCAGCCUAUCACCAGUACGUCCUGAGAGCGAGCGGUGCCAAAGCUAUGGAUUAAUGAAAUCCGUUUCCUCUUCUACCUCAACCGGAAGAACAAGCCUCAUCUGAUGUUGAUGUUGUUGGGCAUCAACUCAUUUCUUCACCUUCAUGAACGUAUUUGGGUGCUGUGUCAUGUUUCUCUGCAUUUCUCUUCCACUUCACCUUGUUUGCAUCAUCAAGAAUGUACUUCUAAAGUGAAGAUCUAUCAAGUGUCGUCCUUUUUGUCA